UUUGCAGGUUAGAUUUCUGUUUUGAAGAAAUUACAGAUACAGGUGUUCUAGCGAAGAAAUAAGAGAGAUGUUAAAAGUUACAUAUAUUAGACUUUACAGCUAUAAAACACACAAAUCGUAAAGAAUUGAUAUAUUACUGUUUUAAUGAAACAAAAUAAGACACAAAAUUACUUUUUUCGUAAAACGUUUAAGUAUCGGAAAUUAUGUCUUUGAGUGACAAAACAAACAUUAUAAUUGAAGAUCAUAAAGAGAGGAACAAUAAAAAAAAUUUACGCAAACAGAAACGUGCUCAUCACAGACUGCUUAGAGAUAUGAAUAUCAAAUGCUCCGAUCGACCUACACAGCACUUGAUGAUAUGUAACGGUGGCUUAGUUACCGGUAUUAAAAGGGAAACAUUGCAAUGCGUAUUAGAUGCAUUGAUCUCCAAGUAUGCUUUAAUAAUGCCAACAGGCAAGUCGUACUGUUUUAUAACAUGCAAUUCAAAGGAGGAUGCAAUAUGUGUGUAUAAUUAUGUUCAUGGACGUAUUAAGCUUCCGGGCCAAAAUGGCCCAUUAUAUGUAUGCUAUACUGAAACAGUUCCUAGCAUAGACAAUGUUAUAUCUAAAUCUAAUUUUCCACCUGGUCUUACGUUAAUAGAGAAUUUUAUAACAAAGGAACAAGAAGAAACUUUGUUAGGAACACUCGAUUGGGGCGAAUGUGAAUCUGUCUCGUCGCAGUUGAAACAUAGACAAGUGAAACAUUUCGGAUAUGAGUUUGAAUAUGGCACGAAUAUGGUGAAUCCCGACAAUCCAAUCGCGCCGAUUCCGCAGGACUACAAAUUCCUGCAGACUUUAUUUGACAAACACAGUCAUAAGUAUACAUAUGAUCAGCUGACUAUCAACAAAUAUCUACCUGGACAAGGUAUUCCAUCGCACAUCGAUACACAUAGCGUCUUUGAAGAUACGAUAUUGUCCUUAUCACUGGGUUCUGCAUGUAUCAUGAACUUUAAGAAGAAAGAGCGGAAUAUCAAUGUGCUUCUACCAGCUAGAUCUUUGUUGAUCAUGACAGGAGAGGCAAGAUACGCAUGGACCCAUGGCAUCUGCCCUCGUCACAGUGAUGUAAUUGAGACGGAGAACGGAACCACAACGCAAGAACGUGGCAUCAGAGUAUCCUUUACUUUCAGGAAGGUACGACGAAGUGCCUGUUGUUGCAACUUCAAAGAAUACUGUGAUACUAGAAACGAUACCGCUGCGUUCGUUGAUGCCAAGACAGCGUCGGGACUGGAAGAUUCGUAUGUACAUAAGGUUUAUGAGGAAAUAUCUAUUCACUUUAAUGAGACGCGACACAAACACUGGCCUAAUGUAACCAAAUUCCUUGAAAGUUUGAAAGAGGGUACAUUAUUGUUGGAUGUAGGCUGUGGGAAUGGCAAAUAUCUUUACGGAGAUCGAAAUAUAUAUAAAAUGGGAUGCGAUCAUAGUUCCGGACUGACGGAUAUAUGUCGCAAGCGAGGCUUCGAGGUUCUCCAAUGCGACUGUUUGUAUCUGCCAUACAAAGACAAUUCCGUGGACGCGGCGAUCAGUAUCGCGGUGAUUCAUCAUCUGUCCACUCGGGAACGGAGGCUACGCGCCAUUUCCGAGAUGGUUCGAGUAUUGAGACCGACAGGAAAAUGCUUGAUUUAUGUGUGGGCGAAGGAACAGCGCAAAAAUUCCACGGAUUCGUUCUAUCUGAAGUACGGCAAGAAGAACAAGGACGAGAACGAAAAGAUUGACCAGAGCGAGAUCGGCCGCGAGAGAAUUUCCGAAUGUGGCUUAACGUUGCCGGUUCACGAAAAUAGAACGAACUUUACUCACAGCGAUAUGUUGGUUCCUUGGAAAAAGAAGAGCGGCGAACGUUUCCUGAGAUAUUAUCACGUAUUUCAGGAAGAUGAGCUUGCAGAACUAUGCACUGAGGUAUCCACAGCCAUGAUUAAGGAAGUCUACUACGAUCAAGGUAAUUGGUGCGUCAUUGUGGAGAAAUGUAGGCAAAUCGCGGGAAAUAAAAACUAGGUUUAUAACACAAAUAUAAUUUUCUUAAAAGAUUUAUUUCAUACAUCUC